AUGAGCAGCGAUUAUCCAACAUUCGAUGGCGGGUUUGCACGUAAAAAACGUAAUCAGGUGCACAAAAUGCAGAAAACGUAUGGAAAUGGAACAAGCAGAGAAGGUGAGAGUAUCUCGAAGUCAUCAUCCUCUGAACCAUCGUCGUCGUCAUCGCAAAAUGAUGUCGACCUCGACGAAAUUCCGGAUCGCGAUGAGCUCGUUAUAGGGACCACUGAGGGCAAAGUAUCCGAAGAAGAUAUGAAACGAUUGAAGAAGGAAACCGCGCAUAUAAGCUUCUCAACGAUUCUCCACAUUUUACAUGAUAAUGAUUAUGACGUUGAGAAGACAAUCAACAUGGCGAAGGAUCUUCUGGAGCCGGAGACGCUCUCGAAAUCGCAGAAGGCCUUAUUCGCCUCGUCGUGGCAGCUAAUGAAGGAGAGGGGCAAUAAAAAUCAGCCGGAGCAUUUUCGAAAGCUUCUAUGGAUGAGGGAUAUGUGCCCACAAGAGGAUCAGAAGAUUCUAGUCGAUUAUUACUACAAAACUAAGCGUCGCUCAAAUCUGAAAGACAGUGAACGGUUCCAAACCCAAAUUUAA